AUGAGCAGAAUCACUAGAACACAAGAUCCCAGACGACCUCAAGCGGUCACUCCUUUUUCCAUGCCGGUUGCUGUCGAGGAAACCAGCGAGACCGACUACUUGGGAUUUCUAGCACUUGCAUUGGGCAUCUUGGGUUUAAUUAUGAGGCACAAGUAUAUUGUGUGGCCUGCUCUGUUUGCUUCGCUACUCUCCAUCAUCAAUGGCAAAUCUACUGAAGCUGAUUUUCGUCAAGGUGCCAGUAGUGUGACAUUUACAUUUAUGGGACUGGUGAUGAUGUAUGUUCAGCUGUUCACUGUUCCUGUAGUCCACAAGACGACUUGA